CCAACACUUUUUGCUUCUUGAUUGGAUGGUUAAGUCCCGAUGGGCGUGAUCUAAACUUAGUUCUUUUCUAAGUCGACAAGGUAAUAUUUUUAAUGAAAUCGAAAGUCUUCUCGAAUAGUAAAAACGUCGAAAUUCUCAUCUCAAUAUGUCAACCCUUUGAUGAAUUCUUUUUUUUUUCUCUCCCUUAAUUUCUUCCGAGGAAAUUAAUUAAAGAUCCUCCCUGAAAUGGCCAGAAGAAAAAAAGACGAAGUAUCACUGAGACAAGGAGGUAAAAAGAUUCAAAGAAAUGCAGCUAAUGCACGCGAACGAGCCAGAAUGAGAGUUUUGAGUAAGGCUUUUUCCAAGUUAAAAACCUCUUUACCAUGGGUUCCAGCUGAUACAAAAUUAUCUAAGCUCGAUACCUUAAGGUUAGCAGCCAGUUACAUCUCUCACUUACGACAGAUCUUAACAGAAGAUGCGCCUCAAUCUUCGUCCAUUCAUCCUAUCACUUUGACUUGGCCAUUUCAUUCUAGGCCCAUGCAUCAUCACGAAGAAGAGCAAUCGGAGAAUUUCGAUCGUAACGAUGAAAAUUGUGAAUCACCUACGACAUUUCACGAUAUUUCAUCUACGAAUUACGGUUUAGUUCAAUGUUGUGAUUAUCAAAGUUAUUCGGACUUACAACAGACAGUCGAUCUGACCGCUCAGUUUCUUUGAUACUCUUCAGUAAAAAAAAUUAAAAAAAAAAAAUAAAAAAAACAGCUUAAAAGUGAAAGAAUUUCGACUUUUAAUAUAGUUAAUUAUAUUAAAAUUAUAUUUGUUAAUUAUUUUUUAAUAUUAUUAUUAAAAAAAGCAGUGCAAUAAUUGUAACUUAAUCGUUUACUUCUUUCCCUGUUUCUUUGUCUUCAAAGCUAUAGGGUGGUCCAAAAGUCAGUUAACGCGUGAAUGUCUGGAAAAAAAAUGUUUUUAAUACGCCAUAAUUUAAUUUUUGUAAAGUUUGUAAGUAAAUAUGAACACGAAGAAGAGAGCAAUUUAGUUUCUACAAUGGUUAACUGAGUUUUGGGUCGUCACAGGUGGCCCAAAAUUCAGUUAACCGUUGAGUGACC